GGCGCGCUGGCCACCCUCUCCGCGCAGGAGGGGCUGCGCGGCCGCCCCUUCGCCAACAUCUUCUCCCUCAGCGACGGCCCCCCCGGGCCGCACGGUGGCAGCGGCGUCCCCUACCUCUACCUCACCGACUUGGAGAUCUCCGUGCAGGACCUGGAGAUCAAUUCGAAUGCCUCCUUAACUGUGUCUUUGGCACAGACUCCUUACUGCAAGAAGCAUAAAUACGAUCCCCAGAAUCCUCUCUGUGCCCACAUAAUCUUCUGUGGGAACGUUGUAAAGGUGAAUGAUUCAGAAACAGGCUUAGCAAAAAAAGCAUUAUUCAGUCGCCACCCUGAGAUGGAAAGCUGGCCUAAGGAUCACAACUGGUUCUUUGCCAAAUUCAACAUCACGAAUAUUUGGGUCCUGGACUACUUUGGUGGAUUGAAAAUUGUGACACCAGAAGAAUAUUACAGUGUCAAGCCUUAAUAGUAGAGGAAGAUCCUGGGUGAUGCUGAUAUACAAAUGAAUUGCUUUGGCUGGCUGUUUCAUGAAAGAUUUAUCUUUUCUAUGUAUUGUAGAGCUGAAUUAAUAAUGCAAAAUACCCAGACACCCUGCAUUAUUAAUGAGCUUGAGUAACCCUUCUGAAGCAAAUGCUGAUUUUCACUGACCAGCACAGCUUUGAAUCAUGUCACACUCAGAAACCUUUAUGCACAAGCCACAACUUUUUUACUCACUGGAUAUGAUUAUAGAAAGCUAUAAUCUACCUGUUGACAGUCUGCAUUCAGAAAGCCUGCGUUUACUAGAGAAGCUAAAGGAUUAUUCCAGUUUUGUACUUUUCCGUGCCUUAGUUAAUUCAUAUCUUUUUGUAGGUGCACUCAGUUUUUUCCUUAAUAUCAGUUUACUUUAGAUAUUUGUUUGUGGCAGAGUAAACUGUAGUCAACUGAAUACUAUGGGAUGGCUCAGCCCUGACCAUGGAAUGGAAAGGGUCGCUUGUAUUACAGUGGAAAAUGAUCUGCUGAGUUCCCACGUUCUGUAAGAAUUUUCUUUGCAUCUUAAUACGCUCAUAGUUUGAGCCAAUUUUUUAUUUUGCUACCUGCAUUGAAUGUGCGAUAGAACAUGAUUUUUUUAAUGCAAACUACAUGUAUAUCUUGGGCUCAUAAUAAGUCCUUGGUAAAUCUUUGGCUGGCAGUGGUCAUAUGCCCUAAUUCUUUAAAAGCAGUAGGUAUUAUUAGUGAAAGUGUCUCUGUACAAGAAGAGUAUUGACUUGUGAAUUCAGUGAGACUGCUGUAAAAAGAAAUUAUUUUCUGAUGUGGAUUCUGCUUUGUUAAUCUGAUUAAAUGACAGUGUAACAGCUUGCUCUACCUCCAGCAAUAGAACUGAAUGGAUUUUUUUUUUUUCCUUUGGAAGCAUAUACAGCAUUUUUGGGUAACCCAGAAGUGAGAAAAUAGCUAAUGAAAUAUGAUACAGAUGUUUCAUCACUUACAGAGAAUGAAAAUGAAUGGUGUGGAUGAACUUAAUUCUCUGCUUCUUAAAAUAAGCCACAAACACACACAACCAUGAGAAAUAAAUUAACAUCUUAUAACUUCUCUCAUCUCCCAACUGCUAAGUUCACAAAUAUCCUGAAGUGAUUAUGACAGAUUAAGCUGAUUUCACCAUGAGCAAAUAUUACCUAGCUAACAGUAAAGAAUGUGAGAAUUUGGACCCCUUAGUGGCAGAUCCGUAUAUAGAACAGUGGAAUUGGUCAGAUCAAAUCCCUACUUCUUAGUAUCAUCAUUAUAUUACUUUUAUAUUACUGCUUAUCUGAAAUGCUGGAAAGACUUUUUUAAAAAUAUUUUUAAAGUAAUUUAUUAAAUUUUCCUUCCCUGCAAAGGGGGGAUAAAAAGUACUUGUUAGUAUAUUAAACACAUCCUGUGCAAUUACUUGGAAAGUCGUUUAGGAACAAAUAAGUUUGCAAUGUGGAAACAGUUUUUUGUUGAAUAGAUAACACUGAAAUUAAAUAUGAAAUCGGGGAAUAUUUUUAUAAAGGUAUAACAAUUGUAGAAACGCAAGUGAUCUUAUAGUAUUGACUGCAUCCUUUCCAUGGGGAAACCUGUAUGCAUUGGAUGUCACUCCAUAACUUUUGAUGUGAGACUAAUGAUGGUGGACUUUUGUUAAAAAUAAAAAUAUCUUUAUGACAAA